UAACACACAGGCACAGCAUAAAUAUAUAGAAUAUUCAAGUGAGAGAGAGCGAGAGAGAGAGAGAGAGAGAGAGAGAGAGUUAGUAUCGAGUGGGCAGGGAGCCCCUUUUCUUUUUCCAUUUUCAUCCUUCUCUCUCGCCUCUGAAGCACCAAAAGCAACCACUGCUGUGGUCUUGUACGACGUUCAUCGGUAUUCCGCUUUUACGAAAUCAUUAUGGUGAGGAAGAGGAGAACUGAACUUCCUAGUGGAGGUGAAAGCUCUGAGUCGCAUGAACCCUCUGGGGGUAGUGGUCGUGGUUCUCAGCGGGCUGCUGAAAGGACUCCACCACAACAACAGGGUGGAGGAAGCUACCAAGGUGGAAGGGGAUUGGGCCCCCAGGGAGGACGUGGAGGCUAUGAGGGAGGACGUGGAGGCAGCUAUGGUGGGGGUCGUGGAGGCCGUGGAGUGCCACAACAGCAGCAGUAUGGUGGGCCCCAAGAAUAUCAAGGCAGGGGAAGGGGAGGGCCGACUCAGCAAGGAGGUCGUGGAGGAUAUGGAGGUGGUCGUGGCAGUGGUGGUCGCGGAGGACCACCUUCUCCGGGUGGCCCAGCCAGACCACAAUUCCCCGAGCUGCACCAAGCAACCCCAGUUCCUUAUCAAGCUGGGGUCACCCCUCAGCCUGCGUAUGAGGCGAGUUCGUCGUCAUCGUCCCAGCCACCCGAGCCUUCAGAAGUGGUGGUGCAGUUUGAGGACCUUUCCAUCGAGCAAGAGACUGCACCUUCACAGGCUAUUCAACCUGCGGCGCCAGCGCCCUCAAGUAAGUCAGUCAGGUUCCCUCUUCGCCCUGGUAAGGGUAGCACCGGCAUAAGGUGUACAGUCAAGGCAAACCAUUUCUUUGCUGAACUGCCAGACAAAGAUCUCCACCAAUAUGAUGUUACUAUUACUCCAGAGGUCACAUCGAGGGGUGUAAACCGUGCUGUGAUGGAGCAGCUAGUGAAACUGUAUAGGGAAUCCCAUCUUGGAAAGCGUCUUCCAGCUUAUGAUGGACGAAAGAGCCUGUAUACUGCUGGACCACUUCCUUUUCUUUCAAAGGAGUUCAAAAUCAUUCUCAUUGAUGAAGACGAUGGACCAGGUGGACAGAGGAGAGAGAGGGAGUUCAGAGUGGUCAUCAAGUUUGCUGCACGCGCUGACCUGCACCAUUUAGGUCUCUUUUUGCAAGGGAGGCAAGCUGAUGCACCUCAGGAGGCGCUUCAGGUUCUGGACAUUGUUCUACGUGAAUUACCUACUUCUAGGUACUGUCCUGUGGGCCGUUCAUUUUAUGCCCCUGAUUUGGGCAGAAGACAGUCACUUGGAGAGGGUUUGGAAAGUUGGCGCGGUUUCUAUCAGAGUAUUCGUCCAACUCAGAUGGGGCUGUCUCUGAAUAUUGAUAUGUCAUCUACUGCCUUUAUUGAGCCAUUACCAGUUAUUGAAUUUGUAACUCAGCUACUGAAUCGGGAUGUUACACAUAGGCCACUUUCCGAUUCUGAUCGUGUAAAGAUAAAAAAGGCUCUUCGUGGAGUCAAGGUUGAAGUAACACACCGAGGAAAUAUGCGCAGAAAAUACCGUAUAUCUGGUUUAACGUCGCAGGCAACUAGAGAAUUGACUUUUCCCGUUGAUGAAAGAGGAACUAUGAAAUCUGUUGUCGAGUACUUCUAUGAAACCUAUGGUUUUGUCAUUCAACAUACACAAUGGCCUUGCCUUCAAGUUGGAAAUCAGCAGCGGCCGAACUAUUUACCCAUGGAGGUUUGUAAAAUUGUUGAAGGGCAGAGGUACUCUAAGAGAUUGAAUGAGAGGCAGAUUACUGCUUUGCUUAAGGUGACCUGUCAGCGCCCUCACGACAGAGAACAAGAUAUCAUGCGGACUGUCCGUCAUAAUGCUUACCAUGAAGAUCCUUAUGCAAAGGAAUUUGGAAUCAAAAUUAGUGAGAAUCUGGCUCAGGUUGAAGCUCGCAUUCUUCCUCCACCCUGGCUUAAAUAUCAUGAUACUGGAAGGGAAAAGGAUUGCUUGCCCCAAGUUGGACAAUGGAACAUGAUGAAUAAGAAAAUGGUUAAUGGGGGAAAAGUAAACAAUUGGAUUUGCAUUAAUUUCUCAAGGACUGUCCAAGACAGUGUGGCCCGUGGAUUCUGUUCUGAACUUGCCCAAAUGUGUUACAUUUCUGGCAUGGCUUUUAAUCCAGAACCAGUUCUUCCACCAUUCAGUGCUCGACCUGAUCAGGUGGAGAAGGUCUUGAAAACUCGGUACCAUGAUGCGAUGACUAAGCUUCGGGUCCAGGGCAAGGAGCUUGACUUGCUUGUUGUUAUUUUGCCAGAUAAUAAUGGUUCUCUUUAUGGUGACUUGAAACGAAUCUGUGAGACAGAUCUUGGCCUGGUAUCCCAGUGCUGUUUGACGAAACAUGUAUUUAGAAUGAGUAAACAAUAUUUGGCAAAUGUUGCAUUGAAGAUAAAUGUAAAGGUUGGGGGAAGGAACACAGUGCUUGUUGAUGCACUGUCAAGACGUAUUCCCUUAGUCAGCGACCGGCCUACUAUAAUUUUUGGUGCUGAUGUUACCCAUCCUCAUCCAGGGGAGGAUUCAAGCCCAUCAAUUGCAGCUGUUGUGGCUUCUCAAGACUGGCCUGAGAUUACUAAGUAUGCUGGUUUGGUUUGUGCUCAAGCCCAUCGCCAGGAGCUCAUCCAAGAUCUUUUUAAAACCUGGCAGGAUCCUGCGAGGGGGACAGUAUCUGGUGGAAUGAUAAAGGAACUGCUUAUUUCAUUUCGUAGAGCAACAGGGCAGAAGCCACAGCGCAUCAUAUUUUACAGGGAUGGUGUCAGUGAGGGGCAGUUCUACCAAGUUCUACUAUAUGAACUUGAUGCAAUUCGUAAGGCUUGUGCUUCAUUGGAGCCAAACUAUCAGCCUCCUGUGACUUUUGUUGUGGUUCAGAAACGUCAUCAUACAAGAUUGUUUGCCAACAACCAUCAUGACCGCAAUACAGUUGACAGGAGUGGGAAUAUCUUACCUGGUACGGUUGUGGACUCCAAAAUCUGUCAUCCAACAGAGUUUGACUUCUACCUGUGCAGUCAUGCAGGAAUUCAGGGUACAAGCCGUCCAGCUCAUUACCAUGUGUUGUGGGAUGAAAACAAGUUUACAGCUGAUGCACUGCAGUCACUGACAAAUAAUCUUUGCUAUACAUAUGCAAGAUGCACUCGUUCGGUUUCCAUUGUUCCUCCCGCGUACUAUGCCCAUCUUGCUGCGUUUCGAGCUCGGUUCUACAUGGAACCAGAGACAUCAGACAGUGGAUCGAUGACAAGUGGUGCUCCUGGACGUGGGGGCAUGGGUGCACGUAGCACACGGGCACCAGGUGCAAAUGCUGCUGUGAGGCCUUUGCCAGCCCUCAAGGAAAAUGUCAAAAGGGUUAUGUUCUACUGUUAGAGGGGCCUUCCUUGGUAGAAGUUAAGUUGGCAAUGUCCCAUAAGAAUGUAGUAGAUGCACACAUUGUAAAUGUCGUUUUGGAAUUUGCAGAGGGUGUUAUAGGCUUGGUGCUCUCUUUAGGUGUCGUGGUCAAGAAUCUGAAAUUUCCCAUUGCAACUGGUUUUUGGGAUGCUUAGUUUAGUUAUAUGUUUCAUGAGAUGGAAUUGGACAACUAGUGGCUUUCAGUUAUAUUGAAAGGGAGGAAAAACAAUUGGUAGACUUAAAAUUGAAUCUGGUGUAGGAAGUAACCUUUGGAAAUGAAUGCGUUGCUCUGCUCUUGUUUUUUCAGAUGAUUAAACAUUUGAUUGAAGUGGA